AGCUCCUCCAGAAUGAUGGAGUAUCAGUGUUCUCUUCAUGCUGGUUUUAAAGUCACUCUUCAAAGUGUCGCCUUGGCGAAAUUGGCUCGAAUCUGUCCUCAUCUCAACUCCAAAGUCAGCGAAUUUCCUUGGGAAGUCGUUUUGCCUUUCCUCGUUGUUUCUUAUCCCAUGUUGGGCACGUCUCAAAUCCUCGGUUCGGCAGUUUCAACAGCUGGAAAGUCACCGUUGGACUGUCAUUUCGAUAAUGCCUGCAGCUGGAUGCCCGAUCCUCGCGAUAGUACAGCCAAAUGGCAAAUUGAGAGUGGCGCCAUGUGUCUGCGCCCUCUCAUUCUUCCACAACAUUUCGAAUCACUUUCUGAUCUUGGAUCUAGUCAUAAUGGUUGGCGUGCACAACUAUGGAGUGCCGACGUUCAUUUCCUUCACAAUGUUCAGUGUCUAAUUUUUGUCUAUUCGCUCAGCCCUACAUUAGUGGAUGCGAUCUCACUUUCUGUUCUGCUUCAUUCAUCUGGUCGUCCCGUUGCAUUGUGGAAUUCCUCCGAAUCACGCUGUCCCUCAUCUUCUUGGAAUUCUGCCCUCAUAGACCUUGGAACUGGUUCUUCGGCUGAUUUCAAGUGGAACUGGGGAUUUCAAGGUGAGACUGUUUUGCGUCUCUUUUUCUCUCUUCGUUCCACCUCCCUCUUUCUCCAAGAUGUCUUUCUCACUCUUCGUUCCUUCCCCCUUUUCUGCCAACAACUUGACGAAGAUGGGCGAUGUCAGCUUGCUGCUAACAGCCUCCUUAUCGAGACAUUAAUUGGACCGAUUGAAUUCAUCUUAAACUCCUCUAACUUUCCUCUUGCUUUCCUGCUUUCCAUGCUCCUGUUUUCUCUCCUAAUAUUUCUCUUCUCUUUCACCUCAACUCAGUCGCUGCGUUCAAGUUGUUCACCCGCUAACCCGAAAGCCUUCAAGCUUCUGCUUCAACCGACAGCUCUGGAACACUACAGGUUCAACGUCAACCUGGCAGAGAGCCAAAAUCGAUUUGACCUCUCUAGCGAAGAGCGAUUUUCAGGUAUUCGUCCUAGCUCUACUACUUUCUCCAAAAAUAACCGUUGUGUUCAAGUUCCCGAUCCGAAAACUGGAAAAUUGGCGAGCCUUUGCUUCAAUGACGAUCUGUGGAAUACGUCAGGUCCUACGUCGGGUUGGCAAAGUACCAAAGUCGAUUUGACCUCUGCAGCAAAGACUGAUUUUCAGGUAUUUAGCGUUGCUUCGCCUUUGGAUGGCAUCGUUCAACCUAAUAAAUCAAGCAAUUGUGAACCAGAAGUUCUGUGGUCGACGAAUUCAACUAGUGUUAUUUCGACUUGGGCCGAGGCUGUAGUUAGUCUGGAGUCCGAUAAAUCCGUCGCGAAGGUAACUGUCUUCAAGUUGUCCAUCCGAAAACAGGAAAACCUUCAAGUUUCUGGUGGGUUGUCAACCAUAUUUAGUAACUGUAAAAAGCUUUCUGAUCCGGAAACCGGUGAGCUCCAUACCAUAUGUUUCAACGAUGAUCGCUGGAAUGCCACUGGCACCACUUCAGAUUGGCAGGACGCCAAAGGCGAUCUCACUUCCCUAGUGGAGAGUGACUUUCAGCUUGUAAAACUUACUGAACUGUUAGCGGCUUUGUUUUACUGCGCUCCGGAUUCACUCUCUUUAUAUCCGAUGGAACGAACUUUCUCUUAUUUUGAUAUAGACGAUCGUGUGGUUGUGGUAAUUUAUCUCUCUCAUGCCUGCGUUCCAGUCCUCCACCCGAUAACUGGAAAGCUGUCAAGUGUAUGCUCCAACGAUGAUCUGUGGAAUGUCACCGGUCCCACCUCGGGUUGGCAGAUGGCUAAAAUAGAUUUGACCUCUGCAGGGAAAAGUGAUUUUCAGAUUAUUCUAGAGGGAGUCAUUCCUGCUGGUCAUCCGGACGCAAGAAUAUGUGUUGACAAUAUCACCAGCUACACGGUGCCCUGCAGCGGUGCGUUACUCUUAAUCUACUUUGACCUGACUUGA